AUGAUAUCAAUUAAUUAUUGGGUCACCGAAACUGAUUCAGAUUAUGUUUUUUAUAUUGUCAAGAUUGUUUUGUUGCAUCUCGGCAGCGGCAGCGGCAGCGGCGGCUCCAAGCCCUACGUCAUUGUGUCCGCCAGGGCGGGCUAUCAGCUGCUGCUCGAGGAGCUUAACGCGCAGCUCAUCGACAUCAGGCCGCUCAAGGAUGCACGGGAUGCCAUCACACCUGAUCUCAAGGAGGCCAAGAAGAAGGCGGCUGCCGUGCUGUACAACGGGGAGGACAAAAACGGAUUCACGAAGAAGCUGACACUAAGGUUCAAGGACCCGGAGAACACCUGUAGAUACUUCUAA